UAAGGCACAUGAUUGUUGAACUUUAAAAAGAUGAACCUUUCAAAAGAUGUUUUUAUACACAUUAUGAUUUUAUGAUUUCUUGUAUAAAUAGGGGUUUUGCUAAAAUUAUAUGAAUUUAUAUUGAUAGAUUUUUGAGUCCACUUAAAAUAAGAACAAUAUUUAUCUUGUGAUAUGUUAUGAUCUAAUUUUAGCUUUACUUACCUUAUUUAAUACACGUUUUAGGAAAAUGGAAACAUUCCCACAGCUGUUUUCGCUAGUGACCUUGGCUAACAAAUUUCGGCGUAUGCAGAGGUGUAUAAAACCCAUUUUACCCGAAUUGCGAGGGUUAGUAUCUACUAAGAUUCCUCUCAAAAAGACUAACAAUGCGCUGCAGGAUUCUGGUGUUGUGUGGUCUAAUUUGCCUCUUUGUCGUUUUGGCAGAGGCAAGACAGAGGAAAGUAAACCGUUCUGGAUCAGGAUCCAGAUCCUUGGCAGCCAGGAGUGGAACCAGGGUUCAGCAAAGUAAUGCCCGUCGAGGAGGCAGACUGGCUGCCAGAUCAAAGAAUCUCAGGAGACGCCGACUGAAUGCGACCAAAAAAAACAGAAGGCGACGUAAUUUGGCCAAGAAGUCAGGUCGCAGAACGAAAGCCAAGUCAGACGUUAGCAGUGGUUCGAGUUUUUCUACAAUACCACUGGACUUCCAACAGAAUUUCGUGAGAACCACCGACAACCUGCGAUCGGAGAAGUCCUUUUUGGCCCAACGCUAUGGAUUUAGUUUUGCCAGGACUUCUGGCACCGCAACCCUGAAGAACACGGCGAACAUGGAGUACUCCUGCAAAUUGAACAUUGGCACACCCAAGCAGAAGUUCAUAGUACUCCCGGAUACGGGCAGUUCGAAUCUCUGGGUGCCAGGACCGCACUGUGAAAGCAGGGCCUGCCAAAAACAUAAGCGCUAUCGCCCUAGAAAGUCCAGUACAUAUAUAAAGAACGGCAAAGCCUUUGCCAUUACCUAUGGUGACGGUAGUGUGGCAGGAGUCCUGGCCGAAGACACUGUGAGAUUGGCCGGACUGGCGGUUACCAAUCAGACCUUUGCGAUGACCACUAAGGAACCGGGUUCCACCUUCGUGACGUCCAACUUCGACGGUAUACUGGGUCUGGCCUUCCCGUCCAUUUCCGUGGAUAAUGUCAAGACCUUGGUGCAGAACAUGUGCUCGGAGAAGGUGAUCACCAGUUGCAGGUUUGCCAUUUGCAUGAAGGGCGGCCGCAGUUCGUCGCGAGGUGGAGCCCUGAUUUUUGGUAGCGCCGAUACCAGUGCUUACAGUGGAUCGAAUAGCUACACAUACACUCCGGUGACCAAAAAGGGAUACUGGCAGUUUGACCUGCAGGCCAUCUACGUGGGCGGCACCAAAGUGAGUGGCUCCAUACAGGCGAUAGUGGACUCCGGAACCUCGCUGCUCACAGCUCCCACAAGACUGUACAACAAGAUCAACAAGAUCAUCGGCUGCACUGAGACCUCUAGCGGGGAGUGUUGGAUGAAGUGCUCGAAGAGAAUAGCCGACCUCACGUUGGUCAUAGCGGGCAGAAAGUUCGUAAUCUACGGACAGAAGAUGAAGAUGAAGGUGAGAACCAUCAGGGGCAAGACCAUUUGCAUAUCGGCCUGGACCGAAGCGGAAGGCGAACCAGUGAUCCUCGGCGAUGCCUUCAUCAGGCAUUUCUGCACGGUGUUCGACUUGACAAACAAUCGCAUCGGAUUCGCUGCCACCACUUCGUCCACUUAGGCUUACUCUUUUGCCAACAUGUACUUAAUACAUAACUGAUCUCAAAUAAAAGGUCAUUAUAAAUCUAA